AUGGAGCCGAGUCAGCAUGCGCCGCAACAAACGACUCGUCGAAGGGGUCCGUCGGGAUCUGGAGGAAUCUUCGGCCGGUUCCCAUUCAUGAAGACGAGCGCGCCAGCAGAAGACAACGAUCGCCAGACUUCGACUCCGACUCCGGCACAGCAGCAGCAGGGCGAGGGCGGCGCAACAAUAGCAACAAUAACAACAAUCUCGUCCUCGUCAUCUUCAACCCCCCUCCCUCUCGGCACCAGUAGUACCGAUAUCAUUUUGAAGCAGCAGCAGCGCACGCGUCGACGUAGAGGAUCACUUAGAAAGGUGGCACUGCUAGGACGGGGAGCCCAGCGCAGCAGACGGGGCACAUCUCCGUCUUCCCCAUCUUCGACGACACCCAAGCCAGCGACACACGAUACCAACGAGACGCCGCGCGCCAUGAACCGGCAGUAUGACGCCCUGGGCCUCGGAUCCGUCGACCUCACCCCGCGGGCAUUCAUCGCCGCCAGGCACGGCGCCCCAGCUGGCCAGAGCAUCGGCCCGCCCGCCCCAGAGUCCUCGGCAACAUAUAGCUCCACGACAGAUGAGGACGACAUGCUGCAGCUCCCGCACCCACAGGGUCCGCCACGACGUCUCAGCCAAGGUGCCGUUGCCGCUGCCGCCGCCGCCGCCAAGUCAUCGUAUUAUGUCGGCAUGGAGACGCAGCGCCGCCGGUCCUUUCACCAGGUCAAGUCCCCGCUGUCUUCGUACAACGGGCUCGCCACCGCACCGGGCCAGUCCGACUCGGAUUGGGACUACUCCGACACUGAGUGGUGGGGUUGGGUCGUGCUCAUCAUCACAUGGCUCGUCUUUGUCGUCGGCAUGGGCUCUUGUCUAGAUAUAUGGAGCUGGGCGUGGGAUGUUGGAAAGACGCCUUAUGCGCCGCCCGAGCUAGAGGAUGACCCCACGCUCCCUAUUGUCGGGUAUUACCCUUGCCUCAUCAUUUUGACGUGCGUCAUGGCUUGGGUUUGGGUCGUUGUCGCCUGGGUAGGCAUGAAGCAUUUCCGACAUGCCAAGAUUAGUGGUGACUAG